AUGGCCCCUCCUGUGCACGUCAAGCAGCAAGAAUCCCGCAUCAGCUCAUGCCAACUCAACGUCGUGAUCGUUGGUGCAGGCCUAGCAGGUCUCGGGGCUGCGAUCAGCUGCGCACUGGCAGGGCAUCAAGUGCAUGUUCUUGAAGCUGCCCAGGAGAUCAAAGAAGUCGGUGCCGGUAUUCAGGUGUUGCCUAACAGUUCGCGCGUGCUCCAGCACUGGGGUCUGGAAGAGUCAUUGACACCUCACAUGACAAUUCCACGAGUCUGCAAUUUUGUUGGCUGGAAAGGCAAUCCGAUCUCGACGCUAGACUUUCAUGAAUCGGAGAAAAAUUACCCGGGUACAUGGUAUCGUGACUUUCACCGUGCCGACCUGCAGCAAUGCCUCGUAAGGAGAGCCGUCGACUUAGGUGUCGAGCUUAUUUGCAAUGCGCGCGUGGCAGAUGUAACUGUGGCCGAAGAUGGAACGACGGCAACGGCAACGGCAUCCGACGGCAGGCAGUGGACGGGCGAUAUGGUGAUUGGUGCAGAUGGGGUUUUUGGAAAGUUGACAGAAGGGUUACUUGGUCGGGCAGACCCGCCGGUGAAGACAGGCGAUCUUGCAUACCGAGUGAUGCUGUCAACCGAGGAGAUGCGAAAAGACCCAGAGUUGGUGGACUUUAUCACCGAUCCCCAGGUGAACUACUGGCUAGGCCCGGACGCUCAUGCUGUGAACUACGUCCUUCGGAACGGCGAACUUUUUAACAUGGUACUGCUUGUGCCCGAUGAUAUUCCGGAAGACUCUUUGGCAUCGACGGUUGAGGGCAACGUUGAAGAGAUGUGCGCAUUGUUUAAGGACUGGGAUCCACGAGCUGGAAUGUCCUUCGAAGAUGGGGCUGUCCUAGGUGAAUGUCUCUCGCGGCUUCCGAAUCAACCCGGCAUCUCCAAGACCUCGGAGGAGUUUUUGAGCGCCAAACAACAUGCGUUAGCGGUUUUCCAGGAGUGUCGCAAGCAGCGCACAAAAAUGGUGGUUGAGCGUGGCAAUAUUCAACAGUAUCUAUACCAUCUUCACGAUGGAGCUGAGCAGCAAGAACGCGAUCGCAAGAUGCAAAUGGUUCCAACACCAGAAGGAGAGGCAUUGGCUUGGAGGGACCCUGGACUGGCGCCCAAAUUGCUUGGGUACGACCAUAUUGCGGAUGUGAGUAUACCGUAA